UGUUCAUCUGUCCGGAGGAGAGAGGACCAGGGAGCAUCUGAUCCCAGAAGGUGUGUCGUGUCCUCCCGUCUGCUGUUUUUCAGGAUGCCGUUCUCAGUCAGACUGAGCGUCUGCCUGCUGGGCUUCGUAUUCGUCUCUCUGCUUCCUCAGCCGGCGCGAGGUCAAGUUUCAUCGCCACGGAGAUUUCGUGCCAAAAUCCUGAAUCCCACCAAGCUGCACGUGUCGUGGAAAGAGCCCAAAGGACAGUUUGAGAGCUACAAGGUGGUUUACUCCACACGACCAGGUGGAGAGCAAAAGGAGAUUGAAGUAUCGAAGCAGGAGGCAAAGCUGAUCAUCGAGGACUUUGACCCCUCGAAAGAAUACAACUUUAAGAUAGUCGCUGUCAGUGGAGGACAGCAGAGCAAACCUCUGCAGGCCAAACAUGAAGCUCAGCAAUCGGCCGUGGAGAUGGUUCAGUCUCAGCAGAGACAAGACAGCGGCGUCACCGAGGACAACAACGAGAUCUCAGAAGCCGAGGACGACUUCAUGUGCAAGACUCCGGCCAUAUCGGACAUCGUCAUCCUGGUGGACGGCUCCUGGAGCAUCGGACGCAUCAACUUCAGGCUGGUCAGGACGUUCCUGGAGAACCUGGUCAGGGCCUUCUCCGUGGACAUUGACAAGACCAGGAUCGGUCUGGCUCAGUACAGCGGAGACCCUCGGAUCGAGUGGCACCUCAACGCUCACACCACCAAGGAGUCCGUGAUGGCGGCGGUGAAGAACCUGCCGUACAAAGGAGGAAACACGCUGACAGGUCUGGCUCUCACCUUCAUCCUGGAGAACAGCUUCAAACCCGAGUCUGGGUCCCGGCCCGGUGUUCCCAAGAUAGGAAUCCUCAUCACUGACGGGAAGUCCCAGGAUGAUGUCAUACCUCCUGCACGGAGCCUGAGGGACGCUGGGAUUGAACUGUUCGCCAUCGGGGUGAAAAACGCUGAUGAGAACGAGCUGAAGGCCAUCGCCUCUCCUCCAGAGGACACUCACGUCUACAACGUGGCGGACUUCAGCGUGAUGAGCGACAUCGUUGAAGGUCUGACUAAGACCAUCUGUGACCGAGUGGAGCAGCUCGACAAGCAGAUCAAAGGUGGAGGAGAACCGCCCCCGCCCGCCUCUGUGGCUCCGCCACGCGACCUGGUGACCUCUGACCUCACGCCUCGCAGUUUCCGGGUUUCGUGGACGCACGCGCCGGGCCAGGUGGAGAAAUACCGCGUGGUCUACUACCCGGCCAGCGGAGGACAGCCGGACGAAAAGGUGGUCCAGGGGACGGAGAACAGCGUGGAGCUCAACUACCUCAACUCUCUGACGGAGUACCAGGUGGCCGUGUUCGCCGUCUACCGCAGCUCCGCCAGCGAGGCCCUGAGAGGAAGCACCACCACACUGGCUCUGCCGAUGGUCAACGACCUGGAGCUGUUCGAUAUCUCUCACAGCACCAUGAGGGUCCGCUGGGAGACGGCCGCCGGGGCUUCUGGGUACAUGAUCCUGUACGCCCCGCUGACGGAGGGAGACCCCGCGGACGAGAAGGAGGUGAAGGUGGAGGACUCGGUGAACGAGGUGGAGCUAGAAGGAUUGACUCCGGCCACAGAGUACACGGUGACGGUUUACGCCAUGUACGGAGAGGAGGCCAGCGACCCCAUGACCAGCCAGCAGACCACACUGCGGCUGACUCCGGCGGGGAACCUGCGUUUCUCCGACGUGGACCACAGCUCCUCCCGGCUCACGUGGGACUCCGCCUCCAGGAAGGCCAAGAGCUACCGCAUCAUGUACGUCAAGACCAACGGAGUCCAGACCAACGAGGUGGAUGUUGGCCGUGUGACGACCUGGUUGCUAAGGAACCUGACCUCGCUGACGGAGUACACAGUUGGUGUCUUCGCCAUCUACGAUGAGGGACAAGCUGAGGCCGCCACUGACAGCUUCACCACAAAGACCGUCCCCGACCCGCUAGACCCGAAGAGCAGUGACGUCUCCACCGACAGCUUCAGGGUGUCAUGGCAACACCCGGCCUCUGACGUGGUUCUGUACCGACUCUCCUGGACGCCCACUGACGGAGGGGACAGUGAAGAGGUUCUGGUGAACGGAAACAUUAACACCUACCUGAUAGAAGGACUCAGCCCCCUCACAGAGUACGAAGUCCUCCUCGCUGCCAUCUACGCCAACGAGGCGGAGAGUGAUGAGGUCAUCCUCGUCGAGUCCACCGUCGAGAAACUGACCACCGUCGCUACGACGACCACCACCACAGCAACUCCUCGUUUUGGGUUCAGGAACAUGAGGAUCGAUGAGGAAACCACCUUCAGCAUGCGGGUGGCCUGGCAGCCGAUGGACACCAGGAAUGUCCGACAUUAUCGGCUGAGCUACAUCAGCGCCAAGGGAGACCGAGCAGAGGAGCAGAGGACGGUGCCCACAGGCCAAAACAGCCUCGUCCUGCAGCCGCUGCUGUCGGAUACCGAGUACAAAGUCGCCAUCACUCCCGUUUACUCCGAUGGAGACGGGCCGACGGCGGUGCGGAUGGGACGAACACUUCCUCUCUCAGCUCCUAAGAACCUGCGUGUAUCAGAGGAAUGGUACAACCGCUUCAGGAUCAGCUGGGACACGCCUCCUUCUCCCACCAUGGGCUACCGGGUCGUCUACCAACCGCUCUCUGCUCCAGGACCAGCUCUGGAGACCUUCGUGGGGGAAGACGUGAACACCAUGCUGAUCGUGAACCUGCUGAGCGGGACGGAGUACAGCGUGAAGGUCAUCGCCUCCUACACCACCGGGUCCAGUGAGGCUCUGGCAGGGAGGGCCAAGACCUUGUAUCUGGGGGUGACUAACCUCAACGCCUACCAGGUGAGGAUGAGCAGCAUCUGCGCCCAGUGGCAGCCUCACCGACACGCCAGCAGCUACCGGGUGAUGAUUGAGUCUCUGCUCAACGGUCAGAAGCAGGAGACGAAGCUGAGCGGAGGAUCCAACCGUCACUGCUUCAACAGCCUGAAGGCCAACACGCAGUACAAGAUGAGCGUCUACGCUCAGCUGCAGGACGGCAGCGAAGGCCCGGCCGUCACCGCCACCGAGAAAACACUUCCCAUCCCGACCCCGAAGCCGACCACGCCCCCCACCACCACGCCGCUACCCACAAUCCCCCUGCUAAGGAAGGUAACGGCUGUCUGCAGAGCAGCCAAAGCGGACCUGGUCUUCCUGGUGGACGGUUCUUGGAGUAUCGGUGACGAGAACUUCCUGAAGAUCAUCCGCUUCCUGUACAGCACCACCGGAGCUCUGGACCGGAUCGGACCCGACGGCACGCAGGUGGCCAUCGCCCAGUUCAGUGACGACGCCCGGACCGAGUUCAAACUGAACUCUUACAGCGACAAGGAGCGGCUGCUGGACGCCAUCAACAAGAUCUCCUACAAGGGAGGGAACACCAAGACGGGUCGAGCCAUCCAGCAUGUGAAGGAGAACAUCUUCACGACGGAGGGAGGAGUCAGGAGGGGAAUCCCCAACGUCCUGGUGGUUCUCACCGACGGCCGAUCUCAGGACGACGUCAACAAGGUCUCCAAGGAGAUGCAGAUGGAAGGCUACAUCGUGUUCGCCAUCGGCUUCGCUGACGCCGACUACGGGGAGCUGGUGAGCAUCGCCAGCAAACCCAGCGACAGACACGUCUUCUUCGUGGACGACCUGGACGCCUUCACCAAGAUCGAGGAGAAGCUGGUGACCUUUGUGUGCGAGGCCGCCACCGCCACCUGUCCGUCCGUACCGAUGAGCGGCAGCACAACACCAGGUUUCCGUAUGAUGGAGCUGUUCGGACUGGUGGAGAAUCGCUACGGCAGCGUCUCCGGCGUUUCCAUGGUUCCCGGCACCUUCAACACCUUCCCCUGUUUCCACCUGCACAGCGACGCGUUCCUGGCUCAGCCGACCAGGUACCUCCAUCCUGAAGGGCUGCCCUCCGACUACACCAUCACCCUGCUGUUCAGACUGCUGCCCGAAACUCCGGAGGAGCCCUUCGCCCUCUGGGAGGUCCUGGACAAGAACAACCAGCCGCUGGUGGGAGUCAUCCUGGACAACGGAGGAAAGACUCUGACGUUCUUCAACAACGACUACAAAGGAGAGUUCCAGACGGUCACCUUCGAAGGGCCAGAGAUCAAGAAACUCUUCUACGGCAGCUUCCAUAAGCUCCACAUCGCCAUCAGCAAGACGAGCGCCAAAGUGGUGAUCGACUGCAGCGCCGUGGAGGAGAAGAGCAUCAACGCAGCCGGGAACAUCACCAUCGACGGGAUGGAGGCCCUGGGGAGGAUGGUCCGGUCCAGAGGCAACAAGGACAACUCUGCACCGUUCCAGCUCCAGAUCUUUGACAUCGUCUGCAGCACGUCGUGGGCCGGCAGAGACAAGUGCUGCGAGCUCCCUGGUCUGAGGAAGGAGGCAGACUGCCCGGCCAUGCCCAAAGCCUGCACCUGCACCCAGGACAGCAAAGGCCCGCCCGGCCCUGCAGGACCACCAGGAGGCCCAGGAAUCAGAGGAGCCAGAGGAGAUCGUGGAGAGCCAGGCCCGGUGGGCCUGACUGGUCCAGUAGGUGAUACUGGAUUACCAGGACCUCAGGGACCCCAAGGACAACAGGGACCCAGUGGACGCUCCAUCAUGGGAGCCCCAGGAGGUCCAGGAGAGCGAGGACAGAAAGGUGAAGCUGGACAACAAGGAGCACAGGGAAUAACUGGCAGAUCUGGACCUCCAGGCAGAGACGGACCUGCAGGAUCCAGAGGACUUCAGGGUAAAGACGGGCCGGCUGGCAGACCGGGUCCCACAGGAACUAUCGGGACGCCAGGAGCUCCAGGGGCCCAGGGUAACACGGGCCCUUCAGGGAAACCGGGAGAUCUGGGACCUCCGGGUCUUCCUGGAAGCAGAGGGGAGAAAGGUGAACGGGGUGACCUCCAGUCGACGUCAUCAGUUCAGGCCAUCGCCCGGCAGGUCUGUGAGCAGCUGAUCCAGAGCCACAUGGCACGCUACAAUUCCAUCCUGAACCACGUUCCGAGUCCACCGGUGUCCAUCCGCACCGUACCGGGACCCCCAGGAGAGCCUGGCAGACAGGGGACCCCGGGGCUCCAGGGAGAACAGGGACCGUCAGGAAGACCGGGCUUCCCAGGACAGAACGGACAGAGCGGGCAGCCGGGAGAGAGAGGUCAAUCAGGAGAAAAGGGCGAGAAAGGAUCCCAAGGCGUUGGACUCCAAGGCCCCCGAGGACCUCCAGGACCCCCUGGAGCCCAGGGGCAAGGCAGACCUGGCAGCCAGGGUCCAUCGGGGCGACCUGGAAAUCCUGGGUCUUCUGGUCGGCCCGGGGUCCCCGGACCCGUCGGCUCCGCUGGGCCUCCGGGGUACUGCGACCAGAACUCCUGUGUGGGCUACAAUGUCGGAGAGGGUGAGGAUGUCAUUGACCGCGGCGCUAUCCCCUCAGUCCAACUGCCGCCCAACGUCUUCCAGAACUACGAUGAGGUCGAGGAGGACGACCCCUACCGCUACUACGAGCCCAACUACCCGGCCCCGCGGCCCGUGGCGCCCGACGACCUGGCGCUCACCGAGGACGACAUCGACCUGAGGUCCCCCGGCGUCCAUCGCAUUUCCCGGAGCCUGGAGGGAGAAGAAGAAAAAGUCGGGCUGAAGAGGAGACUAAAGAGAGGAACGAAGACGCCGCCUGGACUAAUUUAAUGAGAGGAGGUGAUUGGAGGCCGCUCGCUGUUUCUGAUUGGGCGGUUUGGAGUUACGGACUAAUCAACAAGUGCCUGAUGUAGAGGAUUUCUUAUGGACAUUGUAGAGGGGACGGGGUGGGGGUUUAUCAGGUUGGGACUAUUUUAACACAUCUAUGCUUUUGAGUUGACUUCAAGAAAACAGGUUUGAUUUGUUUUUGUUGUCUUUGUCUCAGUAAGUCGUCUCAAAAUGGAUUCAGCUAAACGUGUUUUUUAUAUUUCACAGCCCCAUGACGUCGCUCUGUUAACAGGUUUUUCUUGAUGUUGAUUGGAGAACAGAAGCUGGUCCUGUUUUCAGCUUUCUCUUCUGCUGUUUGUCGUUUACCUGGUUGGUUAAGUGCCUCCCGAUCUGCUAGAAUAUUCUGAAAGAAAUGUCAAAAAACGCAUUUUGCAACAAAGCAUUUACACACAGAGACGCAUGCAGGUUACAGCGAAGUAACAAGCAACGUCGUCACUCUUUAUGUCUUUAUAUAUAUCUUUACUUUUACUGAAAAUGUUAUGACUGCAGAGCUAACAUCGUAACAAAUAGAAAGAGGUUCAACAUUUGGAUUUGGAUCGACUGUAAAUAUAAAGAUAAGUUCUCUCUCUGUAAACAAACAAAAUAGGAAACGAUUUUAUGCAGAUGAUUCAACAUAAAAUAUCCCCAAAAUUUUUGACCAAACUGCUAAAACAUUUCUAAUCGGAACCUGAGUUUUUAUAAUUAAUUCUUUAAUAUGUUUAUUUUACCUACUUGUUUGUUUUAAAGGCUCCUAAACUCUUGAACUGAGAAGUCUCCAUCUUCUCAACUAAAGACAACAACCAAUGUUUAUUUAUGUCAAGAUCUGCAUGUAUUUUGUUCCAUUUAUCAUGUGAUGUGUGAUGUUUUUAUACUCAUAGAGCCAUAGACACAUUUUUCUGUCACAUAUAAGGAUUCAUUUUUUGUUUAUUGUUACAGUAUUAAGCUCAGACUGAUGUUGCUCUGUAUUUGAGAAGGUUUAUAAAAAGAAAUACGUUAUAAAAACAAUAACAGCUGAUGUAAAACAGUGUCAUUAUAUUUCUGAGUAAAUUUAUUUUGGUUUACUUGUCAGGUUUCUGGAUCCUGUUUUUACUGACAGAAGCUUUUGGUCGUGUUGUUGUCGAUGGAAAGACGAUUAAACAGAGAUUAGGAGUGAAAAUGUUAUUUUAUUUGUUUAUUUUUUUGGUUUCGUCUUUGGAUUGAUCUGCCAGCAUUUGUAACAUUUAUUUUACCGAUAAUUUUAGUUGAACUGGACAUCAUCGGUUUCAGAACAAAACUCUUUUUCAUAUUUUAUGCAGAAACUGAAGACCGAUCAGACAACAGAAGCAUAAUGAAAUUAAUUCAUUUAUACAUUUUAUUACUUUCAUGAUCAGUUAUAUAAAGGGAAAUCCAGCUGUUUGGAAGAAAGUGUGGUUUGUUUAUUCACUCGUUGACAUCACAUUCUCUCUUUCUGAUCAAAAUAAUUAUCCAAAUAUUUAAGCACAGUUAAAGUUUUCCAAAGAUCUUGGAAAUCUUUGACCUUCAAGGUAAAAAAAAAAACAGGAUGUGUUUAAAAAAAAAAAUCAAGGAGGUAAUUUAUUUUUUACUUGGUAUUGAUUUCCUCAAAACAAUAAAGCUCAAGU